GUCUUGGUUGUCUACGUUGCAUUUCGGUGAAUGCGCUCAAACGCGUGCACCGCAAGGUAGCUGAUAUACAUACACCCAUGGUUCUGCUCAUUUGUCACACUAUAUAAAGAUCUUGUUCAUACCCCGUGCUCUCAACCUACAACCGCCGCGACCAUGUCCACCCGCGGGCAGUUCAACACCAAGAACCCGACUAUCAAGCGGAUAUUAAAGGAAGCUUCAGAACUCUCUACGUCGCCCUCCUCAGACUACCAUGCCGAACCUCUGGAAACCAACCUCUUCGAGUGGCACUUUACGAUCCGCGGCCCGCCCGAGCCAUCGCCCUAUGCCGGCGGCAUUUACCACGGUCGCAUAGUCCUCCCAUCCACGUAUCCUCUCCGCCCGCCGUCUUUCCGCUUUCUCACACCCACUGGACGCUUCGAAGUCAAUCGCGAAAUCUGUCUAAGCAUAUCAGGCCAUCACGAAGAGACAUGGCAGCCGGCAUGGGGCGUGCGCACAGCUCUUGUCGCGAUAAGAAGCUUCAUGGACACAGACGCGAAGGGGCAGCUCGGCGGCAUCGAAUGCAGUAGAGACGCACGUGAGCGCAUGGCCAAAGACAGCGGGGCAUGGAAAUGCGCCGGCUGUGCCAAGAGCAACGCCGAGAUCAUGCAAGAGAGGGAGGAGCUUGUCAAGGAGAUCGAGGAGAAGGAGGGCAAGAGGAAGGACGAGCAAGUUCCCGAAGAGUUGAGACUAGCUUAUCGCGACGAGCUGGGCAAGGAAGGUGAAGAGGACAAGAAGGUGGAUAAGGGUAAGCAGCGGGCAGUAGAGAGUUCUGCUGAAGCCGCAUUGUCUGCAUCGCCCUCAGAACCUGCGCCUGCAGCUCCAGUUACAGUCCUAUCGCGACCAGCUCCUCCAGUGCCCAUAGUGAGACCUACAAGGACAACAACCGCCCCGCCGCCUCAACAGGUUGCCCAACGCAGUCCCGACCUGGCUUGGAUCGACACUUGUAUCUACGGAGUAGUGGUCGCGCUACUGUUCAUGGUGCUCAAGAGGUUCGUAUAAGCAAGCUAUCCUGGAUAUACGGUCCUGUCGGAACAUCCAUUGUAGGACGGACGCAGUAAGAUUUGCGCAAGUGUACUGGGUCGUGAUCGUCUUCCUAGUCUACGCA